GAUUAUGUACACUAAAAUGGCGGACGUCUUAUUUCCCGGGAUUUAAAACGGUGACAUGUAAACACGUCCGGGUGGCGGGUCUAUUUGUUUAAUCCCGAUCAUACCUACAGACGUUAGCGAUCACAGACCGGAUAUAACAGUAGUGGACAGGAAAUGGCUACUUCAGCGGCCGUUCCCCGUGUCUCCGCGGGGCCAAGACGCUUCCCCAACCUUCCUGUGAUCCAGCACCCCAUGUCCAGGUUGAACGAUCGACAGGACUUAGCAAUUCUUGGAUCUGCAAGUGGCCUGCGACAUGGGGUCGGGAAUAUGUCCCUCCAGGUCCCACCAUCUGGGACAAAUGGUUUGUCCCCCAAAAGCGCAAACAGAGCAAGCGCCCCGGAGCGAAUUCUCCAAUGGCCGCCAGUGACCGAAUUCUUUCCCCCGUUUAAGUAUCGUCACUCAGCAGCUGAAAAAUUUGGACUUGUUCGCAAAAAAUCGGUUCACAAGAAAAAGAAACCUGUGAUAUUGCCGCCAGUGGAGGACAAAACAAAGCCCAUACCCCAGGGCUCAAAUUGCCAGACACACGUAGAAAUCAUUAAACUUCCGCCGCUGAACAUCGUGCUGGACGCGAUUAACGAGGAAGAUUCAGAGUAUGUUCAGGGGCCUCACAAAUCACGAGUUCGACAGGAGUCAGCAUCUGCCGCACCCCACACAACUGAAGAGGUGACAGAGAAGAUCAAGGAGAAACUGAACACAGGAUUUUAUGGACUAAGGCACAUGUUCAAGGCCAACGACCCAACAGGGAAAGGGGUCGUAUCAAGGGAGGCCUUGCUGAGAAUCCUCUACAGUUUGGUGGGCUACCUCACGCAGGAACAGUUCAACAAAUUCCUCAAAGGAAAGAACCUAGAGGGGAGGGAGAGCAUUUCCUUUGACAGUUUUGUUGCCUGUUUUAAGGACAAUGAGACAGUACAAAAGGAAUGGGUCAGCCCAUUACAAAAACUGGAAAUGGAGAAAAUGAGGCAUAAUCCCGAAGCCAAUCUCAAACGGACAGACACCAUAGUCACCAACCCUUUCCUGUCUGCACCCUACUCAGACACACUGUUCAAGGACAAAAUACGCAAUAUAGAAGAUGCUAAGCAGGUUUUCCCCGCAGCGUGUUUCCAGGCCAACGGGAGAAUUGUACCUCCACAGCUUAGAGAGGCACAUGCUCAGUUAGGGAUCUUCAUGAAGGAUGGGGACUUUAUGUCACUAUGGCAACGAUAUGACAAGGAAGGUCUGGGAGCCAUAAGAACAAGUCUGUUCCUUAAGAGAGCGGGCAUCGAAACUCGACCGAAAACCUUCACACACCGCAGCAAAACCACGGUGGACCUCAAGGUCAGACCUAAAUCAGAGGUCAUUGUCACAAGUGAAAAACAAGGCAAAGAAAUCAAGCAUGAGGAGAUGACUCACACAGCACGCAACGAGGAGAAAGACAGAACAGGAGCGAUAACGGAGGGGGGAGAACACGCAGAAAAAACAAAACCCGCGGAGGCUGACGGCGGGAAGGAGGCGGCAGAGGUCAAAGUGGGAGUCGCUCGCAAAAAGAAGGUCCAGCCUAAACUAGAGAACAUCAUAGACUGUCUGCAUUACAGGUUUGAAGAGUCUUACAAUGCCAUGGCAACAGCUUUUGACCUCUUUGAUUACCUUAGCGAUGGUUACAUUUCACGGGUUGACUUCCGCCGAGUUCUCCAGGAGUUUGGUCUGAAUGUAUCGGUCACUGAUCUAGACAACUUCUUGGCACGAAAUGGGGUUCGAACAAUUCGAGGUCAGGUGAACUACAAAGAAUUUCUGAACAAAUUCCAGAGUAAAUCAGAAAACAGCGUCACAAACAAAUUGGUAACCAGUCCACAGUUCCAGGAUAAGUUCCCAUCAUGGCCUCUUCCACAACACACUUUGACCUCAGAGGAACUUGACAUCCGAUUGGUUGAUUUACUCCAUGGGGAUUUUCUCAAACUUAUAGGAUAUUUCAGGUCCUGUGAUAAGUACGGUCUUGGUGUAAUCACGCCUCAUGAAUUCCGUAGUGGCAUCGAGAAACGUCUUGGAUACCCAAUGUCUGAUAAACAGUGGGAACAACUGAAGUCUGAUGUGGGCCAGGACAGCGAUGGCCUGAUUCCUUACAACAGAUUUCUACAGAUGUUUGAUGUUUCGCCCGGGUCGUGGAACAGGAAACAAGAGGGAGGACUGGAUGUUUCCCAGGUGAUACCGUCCACUAUGGUCCACUCUUCCGCGGUUGACCGACUGCGAGAGAAAGCAAAGACGUUUAUGCAUCCCCAGGCGGAAAUGGAAGAUCUGCAACCCCAGGACAACGUCAGAACCAUAGCAGAUCAUUCUUCAGAAAAGGUGAUGAAGAUUUUGGAGGAGCUAUUCCGUAACAGAUUCCAUACGUUUGACAAGCACUUUCAGGACAUGGAUCGUCGUAAGACGGGGAGAAUGAGCAAAUGGCAGUUUGGGGCUCUGUUGAGAUUGUCAGGGGUCAGCCUGACAAACUCGGAGCUGGACAGGGUGUGGGCAAGACUGAAUGUCUCCUCAGACGGAAUGUACAGCUACAAAUCACUGAUCAUGGCGUUCGCUCAGAACCGUUUAGGACAGGAAGUCAGACGUGAGCAAAACAGUGGUGACACAAAAGAAUUGAUAGAGGCAGCCAAGCGAGUACAAAGGGAGAGGCGAGAAAAAACGAUGUCAUCACUACAGCAGAAUACCACCACCACCACCAUGGUCACCACCAACACCGGAGAACAGGCCACCACCAAAACUACCAACAUAGUUUCCGUGGAAGAAAACACCACAAAAACCACCAAAGUGGAUGCCAUAGAAACAGAGAAACUGCCACAAACGGCACUCUCCAACAAAAGUCAGAGGAUUCGCAGCCUACUCAACAAGAUCAAGCCUAAGAUGCUUGGUAACUGGGAAGGAUUAAAGACAGUCUUCAAAUUCAUUGAUAAAAAUGGCAGCUCUACAAUCUCCAUAUCCGACAUGAAGGAAGUUUUGAAUACUAUGAAGUUUCCUCUGUCUGAGGAAGAGAAGCGAGAACUCUGCCAAAGAUUCGAUCUACAACGAAAUGGAAGAUUCCAUUACCUCGAAUUUAUGAAGUGCUACUCUCAAAGCCCUCCCACUGUGACCAAAUCCCAGGUGUACAGCAAACACACACAUAAACUGGAAAGAAAGUUACCAAGGCGACCCUGUGUGUCUCCCACACCUUCCUUUAUGUCAUGGAAUCUCCCUGACAACCAAUUCCGUAGUAACAGAAUUGAUGGCCGAACACAAAAACUUACGUCGAGCGUUUCGUAGAUUGGACGUUCAGCGCCGGGGUUUCCUGGGAAUCACCGACUUCCGGCGUGCCUUGACGGGUUGCAACAUCCAUGUAUCUAACGAAGACUUCUACCACAUCCUCAGCGAAUUUGACCAAGAUAUGAGGGGGCGUGUAGCUUACAGCGACUUCCUGUCGACAUUUGUGGAUACUUUUUGACAGUAGAUUCUGUAAUUAACCCAGUCAAGACAAGACACAGACUAACCGUCCGUUAAUAUCGUUCUAAAUAAAAGAUUUUAACCGUAUCAAAUUUGAGAUGAUGGUAGACAUUUAGAGGUUAUAAAUAGAAAUGUCUGUGAUAUUUCUAGAAUUGGAAAUAGAUGGAAGGUAUAAUUGUAUGAGAGUGUAAUAGAACAGAUUCACUCUGGUUAAUAGUUUAAUGGUAGAGUUGUUUUCUUUUCUAUUUAAAACAUUUAUUUAUUCAAACAAUGAUUUAUUUUUAUUCAAAGCGUUUCUGUGAUAUGUUUUCAUGUUGCUUAUGUAAGCGGAUAGUUUUUGUUUAAGUUUACAAUUAUAAUGUACUGACGGUGCAAUGUCGGACGUGUUUAGUCGGCACCUUUACUAUAACAUGCCUUUAUUUCAGUUAAUCAAAUUCUUCGCAUAAUACAGAUAGAUGGAUAAGAGAGUUGUCUAAUAUUUACAUUUAUUUUUAUAAUAUAUAUAUAGCGUUUCUAGUAUCUUAACAAAUUUGUGCUCCCUAAGUAAAUCUAGCUUUGUCUUUAUAACCGUCCAGAACCAGGAAUUAACAGAAAAUAAAAAGAUAAAGGAAAAUAUA